AUGGAUUUAGAUGCUCUCACGCUUAAAGAUAGUGAACAAGAUGAGUUAGACGAAGAUACAAUUUUAAAUCAUUUACACAAAGCUGGAUACAAAAAGAAUCUCGAUGUUUGGGUUCCUCACGAAUUGAGUGUUAAGAACAUGAUGGACCGAAUUAACAUUUGCGAUACGCUACUGAAACGGAAUAAAAUUGAGCUAUUUCUGAAGAGAAUGAUAACUGAUGAUGAAAAAUGGAUCACGUACAACAAUCGAACUCGCAAAAGAUCGUGGAUAAAGAAAAGAAAGAAGGCACAAGCAAUCGCAAAACUUGAAUUGACGACGAAGAAGAUGUGUGUGGAAUAUACAUACAAUAAAUGUUGGGAAAGCAGCAGCAUCGGAAAUGGCAAAAUUAAAAUCAACGUUAACAACAAAAGUAACGGCAACGGCAACGGUAACAGAAACAUUAGCAGCAAUGGUAAUGGCAAGAACAAUGGGGACAGCAACGUUAACGGCAACAGCAAAGUUGACGGCAAGGAAACGUUGACGACAAUAGCAGCGGAAAUAGAAACAGAAAUAUUAACGAUAACGAUAACAGCAACGACAAAGGAGACAGCCACGUUAACGAAAUGCAAUAGUAACGAUAACGGUAACGACAACAGCAACGAAAACGACAACGGCAACAAUAACUGUAACAGCAACAGUACCAGCAACGGUAAUGGCAAUAGUGAUAGUAAAGUUAACGGGAAUGUUAACGGCACGUUAACCGCAGCAUUAAAAGCAAUGUUGACGGCACUUUAA